GGAACAUGAUGAAGCAGCUAAACCGUGCAGAGACUCCACCCUCCAUCACAUUACGUAUCGGAUCGGCGGCAGCGCACAACCUUCAACUCCGACGAGGCAUCAGGGUGAAGCGUCCAAACGUUCAGGGCCCUCGGGGACCGCCAGGAAAGAGCCAGAACAACGGCGCGAAUCACCAUCACACUCAGACUUCCUGCCUGAGCAAACAGCCAUGGGGUCCAACCCUGGUGAUCAAGCGACAGGAGAUGAUUGCCUACUUCCGGCUGUUUGAUGAUGAUCUUAUCCAGGAUUUCCUGUGGAUGGACUGCUGCUGCAAAAUUACAGAUAAGUAUUUGCUAGCCAUGACGUUUGUCUACUUCAAGAGGGCGCGCUUCAGCAUCAGCGAGCACAGCAGGAUGAACUUCUUUAUCGCUCUAUACUUAGCGAACACCAUGGAGGAGGAUGAGGAGGAAGCAAAGUAUGAGAUCUUCCCCUGGGCUCUGGGGAAGAGCUGGAGGAAACGGUUCCCUCAUUUCCUGAAGCAAAGAGACAAGCUAUGGGCUCGCAUCGAGUACCGAGCUGCAGUCAGCCGCCGCUGCUGUGAGGAGGUGAUGGCCAUUGCUCCAUCUCACUUUAUUUGGCAACGAGAGCGAGCGGCUCACCACAGCGGGGCUCAGCGUCAGUACCGGGACAGGGAGGAGUUACAGAUCCCACGAGGUCCUGCUGCCUCUCCCGAGCCCUGCGCUCUGUGUGCUAAAGCCUCACACCUCUCCCCGUCUCCUCUUCCCCUCAAACUCAGCCUGAGUCUCCAAGAAACACCCAAGACCCAGAAACCAGUCCAGUCCCACAAUAAAGCCUCCUGCUACUGCACACACAGCCCAGCAGGAAGUGACGUGCACAGCAAAUCCAGCCAUGACGAUUCCACAGACUGGAUCAACAAAGACUAGCGUCUCAUCGCCAUCCUGUGUUAAUGUGUAAAAGGCUUCAUGUAUUUUUACUG